AAUCCACCAUCUGAUCACCCCAAACAGCUGGAAACGACAGUAGAACAGCCAUAAAUAUGGCAGCUCCCCAUCACCCCCUUCGAAGAAUCUCGACGGGCUCUCUCUCCUCCUUGGCCCGUUCGACAGACAAAAACACAUCUUCUCCUUCAGGCCUCGAGUUCCUGCAACCGGCAAUGACAGACCUGGCCGAUGAAGCGGCAACCCUAGCAGCUAAUACGAGUCAGAUGACGACGUUACAUGACGCUCUAGGAACAUUCAAUGAAGCAUUUGCAGCAUAUCUGUAUGCACUGAAGAUGAAUGCCUUUUGCGUGGAAUGGCCCGAGGCGCCUAAUGAGCUGAGUUUUUCAAGAGCAGAAUCACUUCAAAAACCGGCGCCCCCUCCACCAAAUCCAUCAGUCUCGCUUGAUCAGAGUAAGAGCUAGAAGAAAAGGCAGAGUAAAGAGAUGGAUAAAUGGAGAUACCAGGCGUUGGGAGGAAGUAAUGUAAUAUUAGAACAUCCUUCGUAUCUGUCAAGUACAAGCUUUUUCAUUUCGUUGUUUCUUUCUUUUUCUUCGUACUCGCUUUGU